AUGCCUCCCAGUGUUCUCACCAACAAAAUUUCUAGAUAUAUGAAGGCGUAUGUGGGAAGACAUCAGCAUCAUCUAGAAAGAGGCAUGAGUCCUCACGAGAAGUUGUUGGGAUUUGUGAGCAUGCUCGCCCUGCUGAUCAACGUCCAAUCUCCAUAA